AUGGCCUCACCAAAUCACGCGCAACCUCCCACCACCCAACCCAUCACACCCCCCGCCGAACCCUCAAGCACCCAACCCACCGCAUCCCAAAACACCACCGCUACUACCGCCCCCGCCGCACCACCAACCACAACCACAACCAACAACCCCAGCACCACCACCACCGCACCCGCCGCCAGCACCCAACCGACCCAGAUCCCCUCCACCUCCCUCAAAGACAGCGGCAAAUCGCGGCGUCCGCGCGAUGUCCGCCUCAUCCACAUGCUCCUCUCCUCGUUGGGGGUAACAGCGUACCAAGAGCGCGUUCCACUCCAACUCCUCGACUUCGCCUACCGCUACACGUCCUCAGUGCUGCAGGACGCAGUGCACCUCGCGACAGAAGGCUACGCCGGUGGUCCUGAGUCUUCGACGGGUGGGGGAUCCCGCGCCGGCGCGUCCGAAAUCAAUACUGUGUCGUUACCGGCGCUGCGGCUGGCUAUUGCGUCCCGACUGCACUAUCAGUUCCAGGCAGGCUUGCCGAAGGAGUUCCUGAUGGAUGUGGCCGCGGAGAGGAAUCGCGUGGCGCUGCCCGGGGCUAGUCGCGGGUUUGAUAGUCAGGGGAUGGCGAAGACGGCGGCCGCAAAUCAGAGUAUUGUUAUGGGUGGGAUGAGGUUGCCGCCGGAGAGGUUCUGUUUGACGGGUACUGGGUGGAAUAUGAAGGAGGAGUGGGAAAGUGAGGGGGAGGAGGAGGUCGAGGGGGAUGAUACUGCUGGUGGUGCUGGGAGGGAGAAUGGGAUGGGUGCUGGUGCUGGUGGUGGGACGAAGGUCGAAGAGGGUGAGGAGGGCGCGGAUGAGGAGGAGGAGGAUGGGAAGAUGGAGGAUGUGUUUGGGGAGGAUACGGCGAUGGGGGAGGGUGAUGGGGAUGGAGGGGAUGGGGAUGGGGAUAAGGAUAUGACGGAUGUCUAG